AUGUCUGCUCCAGAGGGAAACGUCAAUCUCCAGACAAUGACCGUCACAGAGCCCGAGCGCUCGUAUGAUGCGCAGCCAAAGUCACAUCCUGCAAUGGAUCCCCAACAGCCCCAUCCCGACACAGCCGAAGACGUCAACAUGCGUGGAGGCGAUCGAGGCGGCUGCUGCCCGGGCCGGUUUUGCUUCAUCAUACCCUGCCCGAUUCCUAUUGAUUGCUGCAUCAUCUAA